UGACCAGGGGUUCGUUUCGGGGAGAUGGGGAAUCCAUCCCAAAGGAGACCCCUCGUCUUGAGCGAGUCAUCUUCCCACGCAAUAAGACAGCAUGACUGUAUAGAUUUCCGUGUCGGAUGGCGAGCUGGAAAAGAAACCAUCAACAGAGCCUCCCCACACGGGGCUGAGAUUCCCAGCAUCUGCAGCUUCCGGCGGGGAGGGGGAUGCACGGAUUUGUAAGAUGGGCAGACGGUUGGGUGCGCAUCAAAAACGUGGCAUCCCCUCGUCUGAGCUUGAGGAAUCUCAGGAGACCAAAGAAGCUCGGCCCCCUACAACUCGGUUUCUUGCGAAAUCGCCAUGUACGGAUGACGUCGCAGCGCAAGUAAUUGUCGUGAUGGUAUUCCAACUCCCGGCCGCUGUCGAUGCCGAAGCUGUCGCGGUAAUAUGCUACUCCUUCAUUUGCUUCUUCUCUAAUAUACUACUGGUAUGGCUCCUUUGGACGCAUAAUGACCGGACAAGCUACAUUGCCUGCAUCUCCUACGCUACUCUCAUCAUCACGACGACAAGUAUUUGCCAACAAUUCUACGACUACGCCUAUUGGCGAGAUAUCUUGACGGAACAAUUUUACUAUGCGAGACAAAACGCCGACAAUGCGGAGGUUCAAUAUCACAAGGGAUCCCAGGGCAUCAAGCUCGUGCUCAGCUACGCAUCUUUGGGUUCACCAUUGCAUCGACGUUUGUCUUCUUCUUUGCCUUAUCCCUGGCCGCUAGCGUCUACGGCUGGUUCGCGACAACGCCGAGGACAACUCACACCAUCUCCAUCGUGGGAAGAGUCCUGCCCAUCAUUCUCACUAGUAUCACCGUCGGCCUGAUGCAUUCCCCGCCAGCCCAGGAAUCGUUCCUGGUGUACAUGUUUGUUGCCAAUACACAAUUCGUCCUCAGCCUCUUUGGGAGUGCUGUGCUGCUGCUCAUGAUCCUUUUGAAAUACGUCCACUCACGACGGAACCUCACCAGUUGGAACGUGCUAUACGGGAACGCGGACAUUGACUCCUCGCUUCCUAGUAGC